UAAAUUAAAAUGCAAAUGUCAAAUAAUAUCAUUCCAAAUCUCUAAAAUGUGCCAAUAAUUAGUGGUCAGCCAAUUUAAAAUGAAAAUCAAAAUAUUUUACCAAAGGUUAAUGCUGAUAUAGAGACAAAAAAACAUGUUUGCAUUCAUUGGUGUGUAUUUUUUUUUCUAGUUUCAAUUUUUAUAUUGACAUCUGUGUUUAUGCCAAAUUCUACUAGAUAGGCUUUUAUGGAAGAUCCUUGUAAUCCAAAUAGAGAGGCUAAUUUUGGUAAAGAAACAUGGUUUGAAUCAAACAAAUUUAAAUUGUAAUUUAAAAAAUGAAUCUAUUAGCUGCAAUCAAACUACAGCAAAUUACACAGUUUUUAGAAAAUUAGAUAAAAAAAAUCAAUUUUUAAUAGUUUAUGGAUAGUUUAGUUUUUAUAGUCCUAUGGGAUUUGAAAUUGAUUAUAUAAAUUAUACUGCAACAUUAUUUGGAUUAACUAAAGAAUAAUAAGAAACUGGAUUACUAACUGAUAAUUUUAUUGUAAGUAGGAAUCAUUCAAUAACAUCUAAUUGUAAGACAAAUUUAGAUGAAAGUGAUGAAUCUGAAGAAUAUGAUGAAGGUGAAGAAGAUGAAGAAUAUGAUGAAGGUGAAGAAUAUGAUGAAAGUGGAAAUCGAUUAAAAAUAGAUGAUAAUCAUUUAUCUAUGGCUUAUCAAGAUGAGUAUUAUGACCCUAAAAUUUGCGAUUAGACUGUUUUGGUUUACAUUCCAAUAUUAGAUUAUCACGAUUAUCUAUUAAUAAUUAAUUAUACUGAUUAAUUUCCUUACGAUUAUUAUAAUUCACGUUUGAAGUUAUAAGGAGUAACUGUUGAUCCAAUAUAUUCAAAUUCAGUAUUGGCUGUGAGGUAUACCUUUUUUGGAGUUUCAUUAAUUACUUUUGCAUUGUUUGCUCUAAGAAUUAAGAGAUUAGCUUUUUCAAAUUGGGUGAUUGAGCAAAAGUUUGUUUCAGUUUUGAGUUUUCUUUUGCCUUGGUUUAAUGAUCCUUUAUUUGCAGCAACAUUGAUGAUACCUAAUAGAAUAACUGCUAUAAUUGGAGUUAUUUUCUUUAGCAAUUUUAUUUGUUGUUUAUUUCUUUAUUGGCUUGUACUAUAUGAUAGAAUUGUGUUAGAGAAUGGAUCAAAAAAUAGUACUGUUUUUACUAAAUCUAAGGUUAUAGUUUGUUUAUUGUUAUGGCUAUUUUUUGUUGUUUCUUAUUCAAUUCUAGUAAUAUAAUAUUUUAAUGAUCCAACUACUAGUUUUGAUGACUUACAUCAUAAAGCAUUUAUGGCAUUUAGAGUACUCUAAAUUUUAUUUUCCUUUGCUAUAUUUAUUUACCUACUUAAAUACUUAAUAUAAUUUUGUAAAUUGUACGAAACCAGACUAUGGCGUUAUAAGUUGAUUGGAUUGUUUAACAUAUUUUUUAUGAUGUGUUUAGGAUUAUUUAUAUUGUCUGGAUCUUUUGAAAUCUAUAAUCUCACUGGAACUGAAGUACUUAUUUCUAUAAGCAUCUUAAAUUUGUAUGUCUAUUAUUAAUAAUACUUGUGGAGUCCUAGUAAAUAAGGACUUAUGUAAUAGGCUACUCUUGAUUCCAAUCUUAAUGUUGAUAAUAGUGAAUAUGAUCGAUUAGAAAUGGAUAAUAUCAAUAUUAAUUAAGACAAUGUUGUGGAUGAAAAAUUUUAAGUUGAGGACGACAAAGAAAUAAUCAAUGAAUGA